CUUCACACGAUUGACUCCGGCUCUGGCUCCUAGGCCUUCAUCGACAGACUCCUUGACUUAUUGCUCUCAACGUUAGCGGCUCCCGAGAAUUUCUUAGCGCGUCUGUAUCCUUCAAGCCGAGGGACCUGACGCCUACCACGACGAAGCAGCGAUCUGUAGAAGCAGCCCAUUCACAUCGGUUGCUUCGUCAGGAUCGCCUAGUCGUCUAGCCCCCCUUUGCAUGAACCCACUCCAUGCUGCAUUUGCCUCCGAUAGCCAGAAGGCGUUCCAGCAGUUGCUGGAUCGCACCUCCGUGUCCUCCCCAAAGAUAGUUGGGGCCGGAACGGCGGUCGGGAGUGCACCUGGAUCAUGGACUUUAGGCUCUGUCUUAUCGGCCCCACCUGUGGACGUGAAUGCGAAGGAACAUUUGGGGAAAACUGUUCUGCAUCGAGCUUGCUCGAGCCUAGAACCCAGUUCGAUUUCUUAUGUGCGAAUGCUUCUGAGUCACAAUGCCGUCAAUGUCAACAUCCAGGAUACGGAAAACGGUUGGACAGCACUUCAUCGUUCACUGUAUGUUGGAAACAUUGCAGCUGCGAUACUACUUCUCCAACACUCAGAAAUUGACACCUCGAUCAAGGACUAUGAUGGGUACACUGCUUUUGAGUUGUACAACUCUACCGUUGGAAACACAUGUCCAGUUAGUGGCAAGGCACCCUCCGAGUUGUUCACCUGGGGUUCAAAUCGAAAUGCCUCAUUGGGGCUGGGCGAUUCAAAUGAUCGCUCAUAUCCCGAAUUGGUAUCCAUCCCAAAUCAAUGCGGCAACGAAGUGCCAAAACUCGCAGGGAGCGCACGUUUCUAUCCUGUCCCUCUCAUAGGGCUGGAUAUGUCCAAAUUUCACACGGUUGUAGUCAGAAAACAGGAACGUGCGAACAUUCUUCUUUGUGGUUUUGGGGGGGGUGGCAGGCUUGGACCCAGGAUCACUUCGGCUCAGCACAGCUUCGGAUCACUUCUCAACAUCUCAAAUGUUGUAUCUGUUGCUUGUGGACCGGAUCAUACCUUGGCCCUAACGAAACAGGGUGACGUCCUUUCUUGGGGCCUCAACCGUUUCAGUCAGCUUGGUUAUGUGGUAGAGAUUGCAACACCAUCUAGAAGGCGGUACCUGGAUGAGCAAUGGCAAAUUAUUCCUAGGAGGAUUGUUGGGGCUUUGAAGGGGAAGGCAGUUAGAGGUGUUGCUGCCUGUCGGAUGGCCAGUGUCGCUUGGACCAGGGAAAUCGUGUACACCUGGGGUACAAAUGGAGGUCAAUUAGGAUACGGUGGACAGGUUCAGGUAUCACCACGCGCGGUAUCUUCGCUGGGGGACCCUGUCAUCAGUGUCACGAUUACCGACGUUGCAAUGGCAUGUCUCACCGAGAAUCAUGACGUUAUCUGUUAUUCAAAUCACACGCAUUUCAGGGUUGGAUUCCCUGUGAACACGUUGCCCCCGGACCUCGUUUCGACGUAUCGUCCACCUCAUUCCGUCGGCCGCCCAGCCAUCAAGAAAAUAGCCUCACACGAUCAUACCUUCGCUGCACUUUCAGACCGAGGUGAUGUGUACACUUUUACUAUAGCUUCGACAAAUCAGGCAAUCGUCGAUGGUCAGAACCAUAUGCUGGCAGGAAAAGAGAAGUGCCUCGCUAUGAAGCCUCAAAAAGUAUGGGCUAUGUGCAGGCAGAUGAGCGCAGCUACGGAUGUGUCGUUAGGCCCGGACGGCGCACUUAUCCUCUGCACGGUAUCUGGCCACGUUUACGUUCGAACACGAUCCUCGAAACCCCCCGAACGACACACUGCUUCCAUACUCGGUACAACCGAUGUCCAGGCAAAUAAGUUAUUCAGAUUCCAGCGUGUCCUCUUCUUGCAGCGCAUCGUCCGAGUCUACACGAACAGCAUUGGAUCCUUCGCAGCUUUACGCCAGGAGGUCAAACUAGGCCCCAUCGCACUGUCAGGAACCAGGUUGAAAGAUGACAUGAACGGAAUAAGGCCCUUUGCCUUUAGUUCACACUCUACCCACCACGCCCCUGGCGCUGCCGAAAUUUCUACGGUGGUAGAGAACAUCACAGAUGCUGACUUAGACGAUGAGGACGGCGAUACAACUGAUUCAUUGCCCGUCGAGCAGAGCGUGAAAGCGCUUUCGCAACUUGCUGGUGCAAUAGGAGCUAGCAGGUGUGCUGACCACAAUGUAACGCUCUCAAGUCCAAAUGGUGCGGAUACCAUCGUACAUUGUGAUGUAGAUAUCCCUGUUCACGGGGUCAUUCUGGCAUCGAGAUGUCCUGCCUUCAGGGACGUUCUACAGGGACACUUCUUGGAGGACAUGGCCAACCGAAUUUGCAUCAAUGCCGAUGCUUCAGCUCGCCGCCUGAACUUUGUCGGAGUUCACACGUUGACCGUUUUGAUUCUUCUCCAUUACCUCUACACUGACGAAUUACCUAAAUUUUGGAAUCCUCUUGUCGUUAAGGCGACCACAUCCUUACUCACGGCUUUGCACAUCGACCCAUGGACGAUCAAGUCACAAUUACAAACCAUUUCUCGACUUCUCGACUUGGCUCCUCUCAUGAAAUCGCUUCAAGGAACUUUCCCCAAAUCGACGUUAGCCUCGGAUAUGGCCUAUUUAUUUGCUGAAGCUCAGAAUAUGUUAUCGUUGCCACCUGACAUAGUAUCCUCACAUCUACCGACGCACGAUGUCGUUAUUGAAUUGGCUGACAGGCGGGUUGCAUGCCACUCGGUCAUACUCAGGGCUCGAUCCCCCGUCUUUGCUGCCUUCUUUGACGAUGAUGAUUGGACACGUGAACGUUGGAAAGACGGCAUUAUCGAACUCAACUUUAAACAUAAAGAAUGGAAAGUUAUGUCACUUGUAUUCAGAUUCAUGUAUGAAGAUGUAGAAACGAGUUUAUUUGACACCAUAGACUUUGCAGAUACCCUUGACACCUUCCUUGAUUUUGUACUUUCCGUCAUGGAGUCGGCUGAUGAGCUUUUCCUCGACCGUCUUGUACUUAUAUGCUCCUCAGUAAUCCUCCGACAUGUUUCUAUUAGCAACGUCACGUCACUUCUGAUGGAAGCGCAUCAUUUCCGCGUCCAGCAACUCAUCCGGGAGCUUGAAACUUUUAUUGCCGUUAACGCUGAGUGCAUGCUGGAGUGCAGGCUCCUGGAUGGUCUCCCCUCAGAAGUGGUUGCCAGUUUGGCAGCCACCGUCAGGCAACAGCAAGCGAAGGAAUUCCCUGUUUCGAGAUCUAAUCAAAAAGUCCAGGCGGCCAUGGAACGCAAUGCCGAUUGGCUCCAUGAACUCGACGUACCUCAACCGAUCAUGCGGUCAUGGAAGGCUAUACUAGCUAUGCGGCCAUUUGUGCGCAAGUCUCCAACAAAUGUCACAACAGGCGGACGAGCCAGGCGUCCUUCGCCUUCUGCCGUCUUGCCCACUUAUAGCGUGUCCGAAAUAACCCGCGAAAGCUUAUUUGUUAUGGAUGAAGAACUUACUCCUCAGGUCAUGGAACCGAAGGGAGAGGAAGUCGCCAUUGUCCCACCUUUCGAGGAGCCUUCUUCCAAAGGAGUGUGGAGGUCAAAAAAUGCCCCUGUACCCAAGAUGGAUCUGCGAGCGAUCAUGGCUGAGGCUGAAAAGGAGCAAGCUGCACCUGGCCGUACUACUAAAGGAAAGACCCGUAGUAUUGGGUUUGAGCCUUCCCCGCCACAACCUUUCAUAUCCCCUACAAGUCCCCCACGAGAUAUGAAGAAGCCCUGGGGAAGUUCUACAGACCGUAGGACGAAAACCGGCAUGGUCGAAACCCCAUCUGAUUUCCCUCUUCUUUCCUCUGCCAUCUCGAGUCCGGCACCAGCAGCACCACAGACUGGCGCGCCUCCACGUCAAGUUGGAUUUGAUGUGAUUCCAGCCUCUCGUCCUUCACCACCGUCGCCUUCGGGCUCCAAGCUGGGCCCUAUAAUCACGCCCACUAGGUUGCCGCCGGGCAUGAAGCGAGAUGCGCCCGGAAAACGGCGCGUACCCAAUUACGAUGCGUGGAGCGCACCCCCACCGGAACCCCCCUUUCCCCCGCCUGAAGCCUUGACUGACGUCUCGCUUGUGAAUAUUCAAGAACAACAAACAAUACAAAGGGCCUAUGAACAGAGGCCUAAGCUUAGUUUUCUAGACAUUCAACGAGAGGAGGAAGAGUUACAAACCGAAGUCAACUUCCUCAAGUGGUGGACUGCUGAGGAGGAACGCAUUCGUCUGGAAGCCGACCGAAGCUCCGGGUUGGCGUGCUCGCCGAAGUCGAAGGGCAAAAGAUCCGGUGGGAGGAAGUCCAAGGCGAGGAAAGCUGACAAAUAUGAGCAGAGUUCAAGCCCAUCUAGUGCAAAGACUCCUUUCCAGGUCAUACUUUGCGAGCAAUAAGAAUAUUUCUCGAUUCGAGAUUUCUUGUAUGCAUUUUGCAUUUUCUACGUUGUACUCGAGUUGGUCUUGUACCCUCAUUAGUAGCCAUUACGGUCUUCAUUGAAACUUCGAUCCCGGCCGCGGCAAGAACCGUGUCGAUCAAUUGAAAUCCAUGGUAUAGAACCUAUUGAAGCCUAUGAUUUAACUUGACCCUCCCAUAACGCCUGGUGGGAUUUUGGAUGCCUGCGGGACUCAGAAGGGUGUCCCCUUCAGAUCGGGUGGAACUUCAGCCAUGCAUCGGUCUCAUCGGAAUGGGAGAGAUGGGGAGCAUGUACGCGAAACAAUUAUGUUCUGCAGGCUGGAAGAG